AUGAAGCAAUUCGAGUCUGACACUUACGCUGAGGAGAGGAUGAGCAAUCCAUAUUUUCCAUUCGCUGGCAAACCAGACUGGGAGAUGGCGGCAUUCCUUCUUCAGUCGGACCUCAGCAUGGCAGACAUUGACGAGUUCCUCAAGCUUGAAUUAAAACUACCACUUUCAUUUCACUCUUUGAGAGAGCUCAGAGGACGUGCUGAAAUGCUGCCAUCUCUGCCUCAAUGGAAAUAUCAAAUAGUCCCUACAGAGUUCCCUGACAAUGAAGACUCUCUGGAUAUUUUACCAGGAUCCAAUCGAGUGCCUCCAGUCGCUUCUUAG